UUGGAAGGGACACAGGUUUCUUCCAAGGCUGAAAACACUCAACCUCAGCCAUUCACAUAGCCUAACGACAACCCCUGACAUGUCAGGGCUCCCUAAGCUUGAGAGAUUAAUUCUUAAAGAUUGCAUAAACUUGGUUGAGGUUAAUGAGUCCAUUGGAGACUUAGAGAACCUUGUUCACUUGAACCUAAGAGACUGCAAAAAUCUGAUGAAGCUUUCAACGAGUAUUAGAAGGUUGGGAUCUCUUCAGGACCUCAUUCUUUCGGGUUGCUCAAAACUUGAGCAUCAUUCCAACACAAAUGCAACAAAUCAGGUAGACUCCACAGUUGGUGCUAUGAAGAAAUUCAAUCUGUUAUCAACUAAGUUAUGGCAAUCAAUCGAGUCGUGGAUAUUGCCAAGAAAAAAUCUUGUAUCUUUCUCAUUGGCAAGUUUACCACAUUCAAUCGAAAGGCUAAGUCUUGCUCACUGCAAUGUAGCAGAGAUUCCUAGUGAACCUGGUGCCCUAUCGUCAUUGAAGCAUUUGGAUCUAUCUGCAACCCCAAUUCUGAACCUACCAGGAAACAUGAAGGGUCUUAUUAUGCUCCAGACUCUGUUGGUAGAAGGUUGCGCAAAGCUCCAAGCGCUUCCAGAGCUCCCAGUCAGUUUAAACUCACUGGAAGCAGGUCAUUGUACAUCAUUGAAAAAAGUAACAAAUUUACCAAACAUUUUCACAUCAAUGAGUAAAAAUCUUUGGGAUUGCAAUGAAUUAGUUGAAGUAGAAAGCUUGUUUGAAAUGAAACCAUUGAGAAAUGUUGACAUAGAAAUGAUUAAAAAUUUGGGAUUGUUCAAUUUGGAAUCCAACGAAACCUCUGAGGUCGAAAUGAUCAACUACUUGACAAAUACAACCAAGAAGUGUCGCCUUCAGGUUCUCUCUCUCUCUCUCUCUCUCUCUCUCUCUCUCUCUCUCUCUCUCAUUUAUAGUUGUCAUGGUUAUCAUUUCUAUUGCCCAAGGGCUAGCUGUUUGAAUAAUUUGGAAACUAAUUAG